AUGGCGCUCUCACAAGCUGCGGGAAAUUCCACAAAUGCGUCCUUCAAGGACAAGGAGAAGCCUAUGGCUGUUCGAGCAGCAAAUAUCCUGGCUGCCAGAGCUUUGAGUGAUGCUGUACGGACGUCCCUCGGUCCCCGAGGAAGUAAGUCAAUAACCUUCAGCCUCGAAUAUAUUUACUGA